AUGGCUGUGGGAACACCAGCGGGAGAACCCACUGUCGGAUCAGACACACCGCGACAAAGGGGAAUAGCGACUCCUGAUACGCUGAAAACGGGCUGUAUAGCUUGGGUGGUCAAGGAUGGCCAACCGCGACGCGCGGAGAUUCUCAGCAUUAAGGAGACCAAGAGCGGAAAGCAAUUCUAUUGCAACUUCGAUAAUUUUAAUAAACGACUUGAUGAAUGGGUUCCAGUCACAAGAAUUGACUUCACACAAGAAGUGGAAUGGCCAAAUCCUGACAAGGACAAGUCAAAAGAUCCCAAAGCCAAAAAGACGACAUCGCAGACCAAGAAAGCCCAAGUCCCCAAGAAGGGGCAAAAGCGACCCAGUAAAAGAGAGCAGUCGAUUCAAUCAGAGGCUGCAACGCCUCACCCAUGGUCAGAAUUUGUAGAGUCUCAACAGCAACGACAGACAUCAUCUGUUGGUCCCGAUGUUGAUUCACAGACGCAAGCAAGCGCCGAUGCAACUACAACACCGGCUGCAGCGGACGACAUAGAAGUGGAUGACAAAGACGACGAUGUUAAGAAGGAGGAAGGUGAAUUCAGUCGGGAAGAAGAGAUUGAGAAACUAAGGACCUCCGGAUCUAUGACUCAAAACCCUGCUGAGAUCUCCCGUAUAAGAAAUAUAUCGAAGGUUCAGUUCGGCGAGAAUGACCUGUUCCCUUGGUAUUUCUCUCCUUACCCCGAGGUUUUCAGCCAAGAAGAUGUUAUCUUCGUAUGCGAAUUUUGCCUGAGCUACUAUGGGGACGAGACAGCGUUUCUGCGACAUAGGAAAAAGUGCACAUUGCAGCAUCCCCCAGGGAACGAGAUAUAUCGAGAUGACUACGUCUCAUUCUUUGAGAUUGAUGGACGCCGGCAGCGAACUUGGUGCAGAAAUCUCUGCCUCCUAUCUAAGAUGUUUCUUGAUCAUAAAACACUUUACUACGACGUUGAUCCGUUUCUUUUCUACGUUAUGGCUAGCCGAACGGAUAAGGGCUGCCAUAUCGUUGGAUAUUUUUCCAAGGAAAAAGAGAGUGCAGAUGGAUACAAUGUUGCCUGCAUUCUGACCUUGCCUCAGUAUCAGCGAAAAGGGUAUGGGCGGCUUCUGAUACAGUUUUCAUACGAGCUUUCUAAAAUAGAAGGCAAGCUAGGAUCACCAGAAAAACCGCUCUCUGAUUUAGGUCUGCUGAGCUAUCGUCAGUACUGGUCAGAGAACAUUCUUGAUCUGCUCAUGGGGUACAAUGAGCGGGACGACAAAGUCACCAUUGAAGCAAUAUCUUCUGCUCUCGCUAUGACCACGCAGGAUGUCGAACACACCCUUCAAGCCAUGAAAAUGCAAGUAUACCACAAAAGCGACCAUAAGAUUGUCAUCCCGGAGAACCUCAUUAAGCAGAGAGAAAAACAAAAACUGAAACUGAGACGGGUGCUUGACCCGGGGCGCAUACAGUGGAAGCCGCCAGUGUUCACUGCAUCCAGUCGAACGUGGGGCUGGUGA